AUGACGACCAUUGUUGCUCUGACAGACAGAGUCGUAGCUGCCCUGUCCACGACAGGAGUCGUGACCUUAUCGCAACUGGCCUUCUGCAUGGGCCAGCCGGGUCAGGUACUUCCUCAGGAAGACUUCAACAGGUGGGGCAAUUCCCUGUUGCCAGAUCUGACGUUGGGAGAGAAAGGGUCGUUGAAGCGCUUGAUCCUGGAAGCCCAGACGUUGUUGGUUGCUUCGUUGAAGGAUUUUGCAGAGCACCCGGAGGGAGUUUCCACCAAAAAGGUGGGCUUGGCUGAGCGCAAUGCUCGGCUGGACAAGUUGAGGAACGACCUCACGGGCAUCGACAUCUCCGGUGAUCUGGAGCCCGCGCAUAGUUUGCUGGAUGCCGCGAUGCACCAGUGGGACGCUAGGACAUUGAAGUACUUAGGCCUCGAGAAAUGUCAUUCUAGAGAAGCAGAGGUCCAAAACUUGAAGGCGCCUGUUCGUACUCUGGUCGUCGAGGACGGCAAGCUUACUAUGCAGGAUGAGUCCUCCAUUGAGGACACAGAAAUCGCAGGUAGUCUCCAAGUGCUUCAGGCACUGCGGCGCCGUGGGCUCGCCUAUGCGUUCGCAAACCUCAUCAACUGGAAGGCUGGCUAUAGGAAAGUUUCGCUGCGGCAGAUUUUGAGAGCUGAUAAGCUCGUCUUCGCAAAGCUCGGCGAGGAUGGCAAGGGCAGAGAAGGCCACAGCAAAGGAAAAUGGGGCUACAACCCACCCAAAGGCUAUGGCAAGAACAAAGGCAAAACAGGGAAGGGCGACUG